AUGUGGCACAUUCGAGAACACCAGCCCUUGGCUCUCCACGUCUUGGAGAAACUUUCGAGCAUUUGCGGUGAUCCAGACAUCAGCUUGUUCCCAAGUUUACAGAACGGGGUCCCUACAGGCUACAACAACGAUAUCCCGCCUUCUCACUGCUUUUGGCCAAACCAAAAGUCUAACGUUGAAGAUGUCCCGUUGUCGAUCCACAUGCAGAACUGGCGCUCGGCAUCGGUCGAGCCCUCAGUCACACAAGCGCUCCUGGAUGAAGAAAUCAAUCAGGGUUUUUGCUACAAGUUCCAAGGGUCGUUAGCCGAAGCCAAGGCCAAGUGGCCAGCACUUGCAAUAGGAAAGCUUUCAGUCGUUCGCGCUCCAGGGCGUGCAGAGCGAUUGGUACUUGACAAUUCAGUCUGCGGCACGAACGCAAAUUGUGAUGUCCCAGAGACUCAACACAUGCCGUCUGCCAGAGAUGUUGUCAACGGCUAUCCACUUCGCGAAUGUAACGCUCGGCAAUCAGCCAUAUCCUUGGACGUAAAAUCAGCCCACAAAAGGGUUUUCGUCACACCAGCCGAGCAUGGUUUGCUAGGGUUCUCAUGGGAUGAUGCUUUGUACUUCUACCGCGUGGCACCUUUUGGUGCAGUCUUCGCCCAGCACUGGUGGGGCAGACUUGGAUCGUGCAUCCUUCGCAUUUUGCAUGUGCUUAUCUUCAUCAGCCACACGGGUCACUUAUUUGUGGACGAUUACCUGUUCUCGCAACUGGCAGCGAUCAUGCCAAUGACAGGGGCUAUGAUUUGCCUGUUCUUUCAGGUCAUUGGCCUUCCAUUAUCUUGGCGUAAACUUCAACUGCAUAGUCGGGUCCAGUGGAUAGGUACCGCCAUUCCGCUUCACUCUACACUGCUAUCGGUGCGGCACCAAAAACUGCAAAGCCUUUCAGAUCUUGCCAGUGUUCGCAUCACAGACAGACGUAUCUGGAUGCGCAUAUCCAGCCAAUGCAGCAACAAGCGCCGCCUGAGUGCGGAGUCAGUGCGCAUUCUGGGGCUUUAUGAGUUGUGGUUACUUCACAUGAGCCCCAUGGUCAGCAUGCGACCGGCAGCAGUGUUUCCAGUGGAAGCACAAGCUGACGAGUUCCGCGAGCUUCAGAUUCCAAUUCAGCAAGAUAUGCAGCUUGACAUUGCGUGCUAUGAAGCACUCGCUCAAGGGGCGCUGAUUAUCGCAUCUUCAACCUUGAUACCUUGCUCCAGAAUCAAGCUUCGGACGGUCUCAGACAACAGUGGUGCGGAGGCAGGUGUGAAUGCAUCCUUUACAACUUCACGCCCACUUGCAUAUUUCCUUGAACGCAUCUCUCUGCUUGCAGCAGUGUAUCGUACCACUUUGGAUGUAUCUCACAUACCUGGGGAGAAAAAUACCAAAGCAGAUGCACUGUCAAGACCGGGUGAACACGACAUUCCCCUAGACUGCCUCGACGUUGAUCGCAUCAGGCUUCGCCUGAGUGAUCUUUGGCUGCCUCGACCGGCCAUUUCCAUUUCGCCCAGCGAUGCUUCGCUGGCAUGGACCGUGCGAGCCCGUGAACCCCUGGUGUACCGCCUCAGUGGCACAUGGGCAGCUUCUCUCGUGAUGGCAGAGAAGAGGACGUUUGAUGCUGCAUUCGAAGGGCAUCUUGCUCAUGUUGUGCACCAGAAUUCUACGAGCAACUCAAAGCAGCCAUGGGAGAGAAGCAUUGUGAAUGUGCCGAGUGUAUUGCCGAAAGCUUUCUUGGGAAGGGGGCGUCUUGGGAAUGUGCUUACUCAUACGGCUGCUGCUCCUGUGAAAGCUCCGAGUGGCCCGUCGGCUAUAAAUCUGACUGCUACUGGAGGCAAGCUGCCACGGAAGGUUGGGCCUUCCUGGAUUCAGAGACAAUCGGAUAACAGACAUGCGGCUGUCGUGAAGUGGCUUCGGAUUGCUAAAGAGGGUGGCGACUUCUUUGGGGUCUGUGCUAGAGUGGCGGAAGAUGCUGAAGCUGGAUUGCCAGCCUCACUGCAGGAGUCUCUAGGAGAUGUUUUCUCACUCAAGGCGAGCAGUACGCUUCACAGCAGGGCUGGCCCGGUCCUGAGAUACAUGGCAUUCUGCUGGCGCAUCAGAGAGCAGCCUUUCCCUUUGUCCGAGCAGAAGAUGUAUCGCUUCGUCAAGGAAUACUGCAGUGGGGCUGCGCCUACCUUUGCCUCCAGCUUUAUGAGUUCCAUUGGCUUCAUGCAAUAUGUCUUGGAGGCGAAGGUCCCGGCCGAUUGUGUUAGCAGCCGGCUGGCUGGCGCAGUUUCGAAGCUCUACUUGGAGAAGAGAAAGCUGCAACAGAAGCCGCCGCUGACGGCUUCACAGAUUCGGGCUUUGGAGCGAAUUGUGCUGGGACUUAUACCUGAAGUCCGUGCGGAUGUCGAUAAAUACGCGGCAGGGUGCUUUUUGUAUUGUGUGUUUGCAAGAGCCCGCUAUUCGGACAUGCAGUGUUCUGGUGAGCUGGCGAAAGACAUCGUGCAAGGUGAGCGCGGACCGCGUGGGUACCUUGAAGCGAGGGUCACCAGGAGUAAAACGAGUCACAACUUGGAGCGUAAGACCCGAUAUCUUGCUAUGGUCAGUCCGAUAUGGGGCCUUGAGCAGGAUUCUUGGGCGUUGGCUUGGAUGGAGGUGGCUGGCAGGGCGGGGCCCGCAUGGGGGCCUGACAUGCCCCUGCUACCGUCCCCCACCGACGGUGGCCAAUGGCAGAAGGCGCCUAUGUCUGCGCAGGCUGGAGCGCGGUGGCUUCGCCACCUUCUCUAUCGUGCAGGCGAGGAUGUCGCAUCGGUCAAGGCCGUGGGCACUCACUCCUGCAAAGCUACGCUUUUAUCUUGGAUGUCCAAGUGGGGAGCUAGUAAGGAGAUCAGGUCGAUACUCGGAUAUCAUUCUAGUGCCAACGCCGGCACGGAUGUGAUCUACGCGAGGGACAGCGUUUCCCCUGCAUUGCGUGAGCUGGAGGAAAUGGUUUCUGCGGUCGCUUACAGGCGCUUCUUCCCGGACGCCACGCGCUCGGGCAUGUUUGCGGAGUCUUUGGCUGCCAGGGGAGAUGCUCAUGACAAGGCCGAGGUCGGUUCAGAUUCUUCUUCCGACAGGAGCGAUGACGAGGAGGAGCCGGACACUCUCGAGGAGGAGAAGGUGGUUGAGGACAGUGUCGGCGAUUUUGAGCCGAGCGGUUGCCUUCGAGAAAGCCUGGAGGGCAAGGCGGUUUUUCGGCAUGUCACCACCCGCUUCAUACACUUAGUCGCUUCUGAGGAGGGCACAACUUUUAAGUGUGGCAGGCAGAUCACAUCGUCUUACUUGGAGUGCAGUGCGAUACCCAGGUUUUUGCAUCCGAUCUGCCGGCAGUGCUUUCCAGAGGCGAGGUGA